AUGGGGGCUCAUAUCAGCAAGGUGAAGCAUCUGAAGCUCGAUCGAUGGGAGGACUCUCAAGUGGAAAGAAUGAAGGAAGUAGGGAAUGCAGCCGCCAAGAACAAAUACGAGGAGAGAGUGCCCCCGUGCUAUCGAAGACCUAACUGGAACGAUCCACAAGUGCUGAUCGAGCAAUGGAUUCGUGCGAAAUACGAACGAGAGGAGUUCAGUCAUCCGGAACGGCAGACUUACUUAUCUGGUACCAUGGAAGGGUUCCUCAUGAAGCGCGGCAAGGAAGACAGCCGCUACCAACUCAGAAAGUUUAUCCUAAGCGAGAAUGAGGACACGCUCAAACACCACGUAAGAGAAAAUAAGGAGCCUAAGGGCAUUCUCAAAUUGUCUGAGUUGAACGUAGUGUUCGCUCCGGCUAAGAUCGGGCAUAUGAAUUCAAUGCAACUGACCUUUAUGAAGGAUGGGACGACGAGGCACAUAUACGUGUACCAUGAGGAGCCAGAGGUUAUAAACAAUUGGUAUACAGCAAUCCGAUGCGCCCAACUACACCUACUCCAAGUGGCGUUCCCAUCAACCCCUCAAUCAGACCUGGUGUUGCGUCUGCCGAAGGACUUCGCCCGCGAGGGUUGGCUGUGGAAGACCGGGCCGCGGGCCUCGGACGCUCACCGACGCCGCUGGUUCACUCUCGACAAUAGGAAGUUAAUGUACCACGAUGAGCCAUUGGACGCGUAUCCGAAAGGCGAGAUAUUUGUUGGCAACGAGUCAAACGGCUACUGCAUCAAAGUGUCCAACACUGGUAACGGGUGCAAGGAGGCGCGCUUCCCGUUCCAGCUGGUGACGCCGGAGCGCACGUACUGCCUCGCCGCCACCUCGCACGACGACCGCGACGGCUGGCUCGCCGUGCUGCAGCAGACCAUCAAGCGCCCCGUCACGCCGCAGGACUCGCUCGUUGAAGCAAUCCUGGUCAGGAAGCGCGCGACGUCGAACCCAAUCAGCAUAUUCUCGGGGAGGUAGUUGCAUAAAAUCAAUACAAGGAAGCUAUGCACAGCUCCGACAUGUGCUUAAUGGAACUGACUGCAACGUUUUAAUAUAAAUUAUUUAGUGCCGGACGCCGCGCUGGUAGCGACGCGGUAGCUUUCUAUCGCUUUGACAAUGUUUUAUUUAUCGCAGGCGAUAAGGGCGGCCGCACACGAGCCGGUCCGUUCCGGAUCGGAAUGAGGACC